AGCACCGUUAAGCGUGUUGGGUAGAGUGUCCUGAUCCUAGUCCGGCAAUGAAGUUCCUGCAAUUGCUACCGCUCCUCGAACAUAAGGGCAGUCCAGCAGGGGCCGCUAGUGUUCAGAUAAGUAAAUAGGCCUCCGGUCUGCUCCUCUUCCAUUGGCCCGCUCCAGGUCUGUCUUCAGUACGAGGUGGGAGGUGCCUGGAGGAGACUCACCCAGACUUCUUCAAAACUUUCCCUGCCUUCACCGUCGACUCUGAUUGGAAAUGCUCAGCUCUCUGUGAUGGAAUACUAACAAAUUCAAGCGCCUUCUUGUCAAGAACUUUGUUCGCAACGCAACAACUUUGCGUUCCGAGGAGCCGGCUUCGGUGAGGGCUCUUCUACAAUGAGAGACCGCUUGGAGGAGCUGCAGCAGAGGGCGCAAGACUUUUCUGAGGCGGCGAGCGAGGGCGCCAACCCUUUCUCGGCAGAAGGUGACAAUGGCGACUCUGUGGAGGUCGGGGUCAUCACGCCACAGGCUGUGGUGUUCGAGGAGGAGCCCAUCAUUGAGAACUUCCUGUCUGAAGCUCAACACAUCCGAGAUGACAUCACGAUGCUGGAGACGGAGGUGCUUAAAUUCAGCCAGCAGCAGAGGACCCUGGUGGCGACCAUGCGUCGCUUCAGCGUGAUGAAGAAAGAGAGCAGUGUAACACGGGACAUCAAGCUCCAGGCCGAAAGCCUCCACAGACGCUUAGAUUCACUUUCAAAGCAAGUACAAAGGACCGAGGACCUGCAGGGACCCGCUGCCGUUACGACGAGAAUACAGCGCUCCCAGCAUGCAGCGCUGUACCGCAAAUUCCAGCAGGUAAUGCUGCAGUAUAACGAAGGUCUGCUUACCAAGCAGGAGCGCUGUAAGCACUUCAUUAUCCGGCAGCUGGAGGUGUCAGGGAGGGAUGUGACGGAGGAGGAGGUGAACGAGAUGGUGGCCACGGGAAAAUGGGAGGUCUUCAACGAAAACCUGCUGAACGACGCCAGGAUCACGCGGUCGCAGCUGUCCGAGAUUGAACAGCGACACAAGGAGCUGUUAAGCCUGGAGAACAACAUGAAGGAGCUGAGGGACCUGUUCAUGGACAUUUUCAUGCUGGUGGAGGAGCAAGGCGCCUACAUCGAGCACAUCCAGACCAACGUGGAGAGGACGCAGGACUACGUGGCCGCGUCCAACGAGAAGUUCAAGUUGGCCGCCAGGUACAAGAAGAAGAACCCGCUCCGACAGCUGUGCUGCUGCUGCUGCCCUCCCUGGAGGUGCUGCUUAUAAAAAACAUAUGCAUUUUUAAAAAUUUUUUUUUUUUACCUCAUUCCAAACAACGUUUUAUUGAAAAAUCUCACUUUUGGGAGUAAGAAACAUCGGAUUCAAGCACCAUUAAAGUGAAGGUUAUAGUAGUGCGGUUUUCGCUGUUGAACGGAGUGAAGACGGAUUCAGCAGAGCAUAGAAAACAAUUAGGGGGGAAAAGGCCAGAAUUGGUAUUUGAGGCACUUGUUUCUUUCAAGAGGAUGUGAGGCGACCGCUAUUGGAAGAGACAGUUCAGUGAGUGCUACUCACCAACACUGCUGCUUAUUGGAGACCUUCACUGUCAUCUGACAGAGGUCACAAACAAGGGGGAGACCAAUGCCGCUGCCAGAUCAGCAACACUGAUAUUUCGCCCCCUCUUUUUUUCUUUUCAGAAGAGCCUCUCAUCUUUUUUUCUGCCUCAGGAGCUCUAGUUAAUGACCAUUUAUUUUUUUAUACAGUAUGUGCACUUUAAGACUUUAAGACCAUCUUUUUUCUCUCUUUUCCAAUCAGCAGAAACUAGAAUUUAACGCAGCGGCCAAAGAUCCUCAUCCUAAGAGAUUUUCAUCCAUUAUGUAUUCAUUUCUCUCUUUUUUUUUUUCGCUCUGCAUGAUUAAGAGAAAAAAGAACUUGUUUCGCAAUUAGUCAUUAAUCUCAUUUGCAUUUCAAAGCAUGGUCGUUUUUUUUUUUGCGAAAAAAAACAACAUACUAUUCCUUUUAUUCGGUUUCACAGAGGCAGGGAUUCAAGUUAAAAAAAAACAAAAAACUUUGAAUAACGAGCCUUGAUCAAAAUAUUUCUGUCACUGUCACAAAGCUGCAGGAAACCAUUGAAGUCGCUGGUGGAAAAAAAUAUGAUGGAAGAUGUUAUUUCUCUGGAUUGUUUUGUAUUUGAGAGUGGAACUUCAAUGUGUGAGCGUGUUGGAGCUGUUACGCUGUGCAGAUGAAAAAACUCUGGCAACCGUGUGUAUCGUUAUUAUUAAAAUGAUGUCACAUAAAA